AUGAGAAGUAAACAUUUGAAGAUAAAUAUUCAUUCGGAAUUAGUUAUUUAUUCAAUUGUCAAAGUUUGCCAUAUGUUUAGCUCCAGCUGUUUCCACUUUAAAGAGAGUAAGAGUUUUAAAAAUGAUUCUUUAAAAUACUUUUGGUUAGAAGAAAAGCUUUCACUAAAGUGGUGGAAAAUUGGUUCUUCAAACAGAAGCUUUAAAAGCUUUCAGUUGCUUAUUGUGCCUCUUGGUUUUCAUGUAGAGUAUUCAGUUUUGAUAAAUUAA